UCGAUUUUAUUUAUAUUUACUGGUUAAUUCGAUCAACGGCCACAUGAGGCAAAUUGCUUUUUCAAGAUUUUGGGGGUGGCCAACGGCCCUGUGUCCCACCUUAGAACCAGCCCUGCACUGAGCAGUAGAUGAAUCACAUCGAAUUGGUUUACUGAACAAUUCUUGACGUUGACGAUCAAAACGCACUGAUACAAAAUAAUAAUAAUAAACAAUAAGCAGCGAAACAAAAGAACGCGACGACCCCUCCAGAAGUGCAAAAUCUCGCUUGUUGUGUGACAACAUCACCGUAUCUCUCUCUCGGCUACAGCAGGAGUGAAAAGGGGCGAGUGGGAGAGAGGAGGAGCCAGCCCAGGUGGUCACGUAAAUACGCACCAACCAAGACAACACACACACACACACACACACACACACACACACACACACACACACACACACACACACACACACACACACACACACACACCUCUACACGAGCGUGCGCACGCACACACACGGCAAAUGAGCAGCACUCGACUUUUAUGAAUGAACAAUAGCUGGAUGCGCUGCUCUUCGGGCAACAACAGCAGGACAAUUUGGAGUAUUUUCAGAUUUUUGGAGAUUUUAAGGUGACAUUUUUAUUAUUUUUUUUGUCAUCCCAAGAAUGUUCCGGAGAAGCAAGAGUAAAGUGUUGGUGGAUUACGCGUCCGAGGAGGAGGACAUGUCUUGGCACUACCGUCACUCCUAUAAGGACAAAGACAUAGAAGGAGAGGAAGAGGAGGAAGCCGUCACAGGCGUAUCCAAGGAGGCCAAGGUGAAGAAGAUGAUGUCCAAAAAAGACAGAAAGGACAAGAAGAUGUUCUCCUCGAAAGACGAUGAGCACUUCUUGUUGACCGGAGAGAAGCAUGCGGACCGGCCAGGAUGUCACAAGAAAGUGAAAUGCGAGAAAGACAGGAAGGAGAAGCCCGACAAAGCUCUUUGCUUCUGGGAAAGCGUCACCAUGACGAUGAGACAAAUUUCUCCUGUCAAAAAAACGGACAAGACCGACGGCUUGGAGACGCCGCGAACCCGGAAAGAUGACAUUACUGCCCCGCAGGAGGGGGGCGCCAUCCCAAACGGACGCUCGCCCUCACCCCCUCUUGUCGACACGGGUGACUCGUCCCGCUACGCCAACCUGUCGCACUCCGAAGACCCCGCCUGCGCCGUCACGUGGACGUCCCGCGCUAAAGUCAGGCUGGCCGGAAUCAGCAGGAUGAGCAAGGGGAUGGUGUCGGACGGCACCUGGGAAGGACUCAAAUAGUCCUUAUUUUAACCCUUCGGCGCCCCCUUCCCCCAAUGUCGUGUACUAGCUCCAAGAACACAUUUUACACUACCAGUGAAUUUCCGCCUUGUUUGCAGUGUCUACUCUGUAUGAAUGGCAUCAAUAAGCAAUAUUUAGAGCGCCUCAUUGUCGGCUGUGAGUGUGCGCAUGUUCUUUAGAGCGGCUCAUUGGCGGAGGAGAGAAGGCAGAAAAAUGAUUUUUUUUUUUAAUUUUUAUUUUUUUAUGUUUUUCUUUUUACAGCCAGCGUGCGGACAGGGGCUUCACGCUGGUGUGGCCAUUUUAGAGCGCCUCGUGUUUUUUUUUUUUUUUUUUUGUCAUUUCUGUUCUGGACCAGCAGUGUGUACAUUUGUGCGAAUUGAAACAGAAGAACACGUACUGUAUGCAAUGAUCUUAUGCUGAGUAUUUAUGAUUAUACUGCUGGAAAAAUCUACAAUUUCAAGUGCCUUGAGGUCGGGUCUAAAACCGCUGAACAUUUUGUGCAAUUUUCUCCUAAAUUCCCAUGACACAGCAAUCACAAUGAAUCGUAGACAAUUUUACAAGCCAGAUCAAAUUUGUAUGAUUUCUAAGUAAAUUAUUGGGAGAACAUGCAUAUGACAAAUCUUUUCAUUUGAUCACUUUUUUUUGUCUCGAUUGAAAAAAAGCUGGGUACUAAUGAAUAUCUUCGAUGUUGUAAUGUUUUACCUGAGGCAGCCAUUUGACUGUCACCAAUGUUAACUUUUUACAGAGCAGAAUGAAGUGCUUUUCUUUCAAGCACUCAUGUUAAUAAAUAAAUCGGAGCAAGCAUCACCUCCACAACUU